AUGGAGAGAGGCCUUCAGUAUGUGAAUGAUUAUCAGCCUCCUAAAGAGGUCAAACAUCUCAGAAUUCUACUUCAUGGACCAGCAGGUGCUGGCAAGUCCAGCUUCAUCAACUCUGUGGACAGUGCACUACGAGGCAGGAUGGCAAUUCGAGCUCUGGCAGAAGUUGAUUCUGCUGAGAGCUUCACCAAUAAAUUCAAGACUUAUAAAAUCAAGAAAGGGAAACCAGGGAGUAUCUAUCCUUUUGUCUUCAAUGACACUAUGGGUCUGGAGAAGGGCUCUAAUAGAGGAGUUCAUGUGGGCGACAUCAAACUGGUCAUGGAAGGACACGUAAAAGAAAAUUACAAGUUUGACCCCAAAACCACCUUGUCUGAGAGUGACCCAAACUAUAACAAAUCCCCCACUCUAGAAGAUCAAGUUCACCUUCUGGUUUGUGUUGUUUCUGCUGCUAAACUGAGCAUAAUGGAUCAAGACACUGUGGACAAGAUCAGGGACAUCAGAGAAGCAGCCAGUGACAAAGGGAUUCCCCAAAUUGCUGUUAUCACUAACAUUGAUCAAGAACACUCUGAGAUCAAAAAAAAUAUAAGGAAUGUCUACAAGAGCAUCCGCCUGAAGGAACAGAUGAAUAAACUGAGUGCAUUGCUGGGUAUUCCACUGAACUGCAUCUUUCUGGUGAAGAACUACAGCUCAGAAGUCGAGACAGAUGAUGACACCAAUACACUGAUCCUGAGCGUUCUGAGAAAGAUCAUUGACUAUGGAGAGGAUUACCUGAAUGACAUAACAUCUUAA